CACAAAUGCUUUGCACACAACGGGGUUAGCGACGAUCGACCAGCAGCACCGAUGUGGAAUGUCGCCGAGUUGGGGUUGGCCCUCGUGCCCGUGGUAGUGCUGGCUUCUGUGCUGGCAUUUGUCUGGUUGGCGUAUAAUUUGCCAGAGCGAUGGAGGUUGAGGCGCAUCCCAGGGCCGGUUGGCUUGCCGUUCCUCGGAAACAUUCUUUCCUUCUCGACGUAUGGACACGACUACUUUGCGAUGAUGGAGAAGUACGGGCGCGUGUACAAGAUCUGGUUCGGCGUAAACCCCUGGAUUGUAGUCUCCGACCCCGCACUUCUCAGGAAGCUGGCAUACAAGUGUGUGGGCAAGCCCGCCAGCAUGAGCGAGUACGGCCACGUGCUGACUGGCGAAAACUACGAGAUCGAGCAGGCCAACGCGUUCGUCGCCUCGGGCGAGGUGUGGCGACGCGGGCGGCGCGUGUUCGAGGCCUCAGUAAUCCAUCCAACCAGCCUGGCCGCCCACCUGCCCGCCAUCAACCGCUGCGCCAACCGCUUCGUAACGCGGCUCGCGCAGCGCGUGGCGGCGCCCGCCGCCGAGCCGGGCGCCGGCGGCAAGGACGACGGCCAUAGCGGUGGCACUGGCAAUGAUGGUGGUGGAGCGGGGUUUGACUUCUUCGCGGAGGUUGGCUCUUACACAAUGGCGGUGGUGGGCGAGGUGGCGUACGGGAUGGACUUCGGCACCAUCGAGGAGGGCGGCGGCGCCAGCGGCGCCGGCAGGGCGGCGGCGAGCAACAGCGCCUCCGCGGACGGGAGCAGCAGCAGUAGCAGUAGCAGUAGCAGUAUCGGGCAGCAGCUGCAAGACGCGGCCAUGACCAGCUUCCGGUGCCUACAGGUGGAGAACGCGACCAAGUACCUCCCACUGCGGGUGAUGUUUCCCUGGGCUCGGCCGCUGGUGCGCUGGCUGGCAACGCACUUCCCAGACCGCGCGCAGCGAGAGCACAUGGCGGCGCGAACCCAGAUCGCAAACAUUAGCCGGCUACUGAUGGAGCGGUGGGCGGCCAGCAAAAAGGCAGCGGCUGCAGCGGCAGGGACAGGUGGUGGUGCAGGCAAUGCUGCCGGUGCCGGCGGCGACAGGGCGGGUGGGUUCAAGGAGGUGGGCGGCGGCAUCAGCUCCAGCAGCUUCAUGGCCGCCAUGAUGGAGGGCCGGCGGGGGGCGCCGCAGGAGGAGCGGCUGAGCGAUGUCGAGGUGAUUGCCCAGAGCUUCCUCUUUGUGCUGGCGGGUUUCGAGACCUCCGCCGAUACAUUGGCACUCACGUGCUACCUGCUGGCCACCCACCCCGAAGCGGCGGCGCGGCUGGUGGCGGAGGUGGACGCGGUGGGCGGUCGCGAGCUCACCGCGGAGCUGCUGGCGGAGGGCCUGCCGUACACAGAGGCGGUGAUCAAGGAGGCGAUGCGGCUGUACCCGCCGGUGCCGUACCUGCUGCGGCAGGCGCGGGAGGACCUGGAUCUUGGAAAAGGCAUGGUGGCGCCAAAGCACUCGUACGUGGUUCUGUACGUCCACUCCAUGCACCUGAACCCCGACGUGUGGCCGCACCCGGAGCGCUUCCUGCCCCAGCGCUUCCUGCCCGAGGGCAGCGCCGCCUUCGGCCCCGCCGACCCAGGGGCCUGGGCGCCCUUCGGCAUCGGCGCGCGCAUGUGCGUGGGCCACAAGCUUGCAAUGAUGAUGGCCAAGACGCUGCUGGUGCGCAUGUAUCAGCGCUAUCGAGUGGCGCUGCACCCCAGCCAGCCGCUGCCGCUGCGCAUGAAAGCCGGGCUGUCGCGAGUGCCGCUGGACGGCAUCUGGCUGACGCUGACGGAGCGAGAGGCGGCGGCGGCGGCGGUGGCUGUGCCGUGAGCACACGGUGGUAUAAGCUGCGAGACGAAAUGAGGUGGCCGAGAGACGUUUAGAGGCGGUGGAGCUACCUGGUCUGCUGAUGUGUGCUGGCGUGGACGGUCGAGAGCCCUUGGCAUGGGGAUCGGGGGAGGGGAUGGGCGCCACCUGCCCCAUACAGCGCUUUUCGGCAGUAAGGAUUGCGCGCGCAGGCAACUGUGCGCGCUCGUAGUCUUUGCACUUGGUCCAAACGUUUGCUGAAUGGCGAAAACGUUGGCAACUGGACAGGCGUGCGAGUGGUCGCGUCUUACGCAAGGCCUCAUCCAACAAAUAGCCGGCUAUCUCCAUCCUAAUGAGAUCCAAUCAGCGGUGUACUGGAGAUGGACUUUGAGCUCGAGGAUGCAGCGGCGUUUGAGGAGACGUACAUGCCGCGUAGGCCUGAGCCAGAGGGCGUGCCGUGUUGUGUAGCAGCAUCUACUGAGCCGCUACCCACCAACGCUCGGGCGUAUGGAUCUGACAUCUUCUGUACCGACUUUGAUAGAUAGCGUCUAACAUUUGGUAUCGAGGUAUCGGGGACAGCUGACAGGCACUGACUGGCGAGCGGUGCUAGCUCACGUGGCGUCGUCUGCAUUGACCGUGCCGAAGUACGAGGGGCAGUUGAACUGGCUGGCGGCAAAGCGGCUGGAGGCGGCGGCGCAGGCGGAGGCGGCGGCGCAGGCGGGCGCGGUGGUGGCGGCGCGGGCGGAGGCGGAGGAGCUGGCGAGGAUGGCGAAGCGGCUGCGGCGGUAUGGGCCAACCCAGCUGUCUGAGUCGGACCUGGUAGGGUUGGCGGCCGGGUCAGAGGAGGACGGGAGUUAAGAAUAGGCUGCUGGUUUGGAGAAGGAGGACUGACUGCAAAGGGGUGCAUGGGACUUUAAAUAGGGGAGGAUGGGCAGUGGACAGGGUAGUGUUCAGAAGAAGGUUUCUAACGUUCGUGCUGGCUGGGUCCUGGCUGGUGCCUCCAAACAUCUUUUACUCGUGUUGCAACAGGCUGUGAUAUUUGCUGUUUGACCAGUGAUUGGAUUGUCGGUGAAGAAAAGCACCCAGCAGCCCGAGCUGUCGGGGCUGUGUUAGGCCCUGGAGUGGGGCUGGAGCAAUGCCCAUGCACAUGGUCGCAAAGGCUGAGCAGCGGCUGUGACAUGACGCGGCUGGGUUACACGCCUUGUGCUGCGGUAAGGCGUGCGCGCGCAAGGGCUGCAACGUGCGUGCCAAUCGAGUGAACUGAUCAACUGGCGCAUUCCAAGCUGCAUGCGGUGGUGCAGGGUUCACUGCAACUGUACAACUCACCGUCACGACGGCAAGCAAUGAAGCGUCUGAGUGGGGCCGGAAAUGCCUACCGUUACCUGAGAUGUUCCAGACUACUUU